CGACUAGUCGCUUGAACCGGAGAAGAGGGCGUUGAUGUUGGUACGAAAAAAUUGAAAUUUUGGCGGUACAGUGAAAGUUGUGCAUUAAAUGCAAUUAGUAUUUGCAUGUUUAUGACACGCGCACGAGUCGUAUAUGUCAACGUAACGUACGAGGUAGGGGGAAAUUUCAGUGACAGAAUUGUUUGCGCUCGGUUCUCUGGGGCAAUCAGAACAGUAGCUAAUCAGUAACCUUCGUGAUUUCUGAGUGAGCGUUUCCGUAUGAGUGCAUUUAUGCGCGAUGUUUCGAGCGUACGGUACUUCGCCUCUGGUAGAUGCAAGUGCAACCCAUGAACCCCGAACGAAUCCAGCCCAUGAAGGUGUUACAAACUGGCGACUGAGAACUUACGGCGAGAAAAUCCUUGAAGGUUUCAUAAACUGUAAUACCAAUGCAUUUCAAUCGUUGUCCCAAUUACAUGGUAAAACAUCGUACUUUCCCGGUUUAGAUGAUCAAGCUGGUCCCGUGUUACUAGAAGAGCCCGGACAUUUGGUGGACAAUACCUUAGGUGCACAACCCCUAAGCUCACCUUCAAGAUCAUCGCCACAUUCGCAGGGGUCGGAGGGUGGUGAGAGAUUUUCGCGAAAGGUGUUCGUCGGAGGCCUACCGCCGGAUAUAGAUGAAGACGAAAUUACUGCCAGCUUCCGUCGUUUUGGUCCACUAGUUGUAGAUUGGCCUCAUAAAGCUGAAAGUAAAUCUUACUUUCCACCGAAAGGAUACGCUUUUCUGUUAUUUCAGGAUGAGAAUUCAGUGCAGAGUCUUAUCGACGCCUGCAUUACAGACGAAGACAAGCUCUAUUUAUGCGUGUCAUCUCCUACCAUAAAAGAUAAACCUGUGCAAAUUCGGCCAUGGAGACUUUCCGAUGCAGAUUUUGUAUUGGACGCUUCCAUGCCUCUUGAUCCUAGGAAGACUGUAUUUGUUGGUGGAGUCCCUCGUCCUCUUAAAGCAGUUGAGUUGGCCAUGAUAAUGGAUAGGCUGUAUGGUGGUGUGUGCUAUGCUGGCAUAGACACAGAUCCAGAAUUGAAAUAUCCAAAGGGUGCUGGGAGGGUAGCGUUCAGUAAUCAACAAAGUUAUAUAGCUGCGAUCAGUGCACGUUUUGUACAACUACAACAUGGUGAUAUAGAUAAGAGGGUUGAAGUGAAGCCGUAUGUUUUGGAUGACCAAAUGUGUGAUGAAUGCCAAGGUCAGCGUUGCGGUGGAAAAUUCGCACCAUUCUUUUGCGCUAACGUUACCUGCUUGCAAUAUUACUGUGAACACUGCUGGGCGACCAUUCACUCAAGGCCAGGUCGAGAAUUUCAUAAGCCUCUAGUAAAGGAGGGCGCGGACAGGCCACGUGCCGUACCUUUUCGCUGGUGUUAACGUAGGAGCGCUUAGCGCAUCUACCGUCUUUUUUUAGCUUAUUAAUGACGGUACUGCUGUUUAUGAAAUAGGCGUAAUUCUAUAGUAGCAAUUUAUAUAUAUUUAAAAUAUAUAUGUAAUCAAUUACCUUCUUUUAUGAAGCGCCUGGUGGUAGCUAAAUUUACUUCACCAGCCCAUUUUGUACAAGCUGUAUCAACGUGAAGUGUCUCCUCUUUGCCUGCACGGAAUAGACACUGCACACACCGCAUGUUUUUCUGGCAAAGCAAGAACACAUGCAGGUAGUACAGUUAGUAAUUUUCAGGGUAUUUGUAAAUACUAGUCUAAUCUGCGAAUCGCUGCAGGGCAGAGGAAUCUUUGCUUGCGGCAAAUCACUUAGCCCCAAGUACCUGACCGGCCUGCUCCCAACUAACUUGCUUCCCUUGCUUAGUGUCCGCACUUAUUCCUACUAUUGUUUAUUUUAAUGUGUGAUACCAUAGACGUCUUAAUGUAUUAAAUGAAUUGCACGGAUAUGUAUAGUAUAUAUUAUAUAUAGUAUCAGCUAUUCUAAGACUUUGUAUUUUUUAAAUUUGAAUUUUUAUACUAAACUGUUAUAAAUGGUAGAGUUUCAUGUGUGCAAUAAUUGCGUGGAGUCUUUACAGACUUAACGCUGUAGAGUUUUAUCUUUAACCAUAAUUAAUUAUUAUAAUGUUUCCUAGGUAAUCAGUAUAGUGUAAUUAUGCACGGGGCGAUAAAAUUGCGGGCAGUACGUCAAUACCAGUUAGGAAUGCUGCCACCCGUGCCAAAUGUGAACCAUCUAUGACAUGGUACAAAUAUGUAUUGAUAUGAUUUGUAAAGAUUUACACUCCUUUUUCUACUGUUUGUAUAUUUGCUCGCUUGGAGAGUAGAUAAUUAGUCUGAGAUGGGGACAUUUGUAUGAUAUUCUAUAGGACAUCGUUUUUACCUAACGAUUAAGUAUAUAACUUUUUAUCCGUUUUUGAGAUUUAGAAGUGUGCACAGUCAGACUGUUUCUAAAACUGAUUGUCUAAGUUUUCAUAUUUUUAAUAUUUAACUAAUGUAUUUAUUGGAAAAUUUGCAAGUUAUAUAUUUUUUACUUUUUAUAACUGUUUUAAAACUAUAAACCUAAGUUUGUCUAUUUAUAUGUGAAGUUUGACAGCAAUUAACCUGUCUAGAUUAUGAAAUUAGGAAUCGAUGGCGUAUUCCAAAUUUCAUCAUUGUAGUUACCAUUAGUGCAAUAUCGGGCUGUGGCCUGGAAUAGGUAUUAGACUGUUGUUUUUUAAUCCUCAUUGACUUGUCAGCCAUUUCACGUUUUUCAUAGGAAAUGGCUACCACGCCGAUAAUUGUGCACCGAGAUUUUUAAUAAUUGUUUUUGUAUUACUUUUUACACUUUUGUAUGAUGUUAGUAUAUUUUAAGUUGGUUUGUAUUUUGUAUACCUAACGGGAAGAUUCUUCAUUUUAACAUUUUGUUGAUGAUUACCAGACUUUUUAUGUUUUAUAUAAAUAUUAUAAAAAAUC